AUGGAGCAGACAUCCACCAUGGCUGAGCCCCGGGGUCCUGUAGAUCAUGGCGUCCAGAUUCGCUUCAUCACAGAGCCAGCAGUUGGUGCAGAGAUGAGCACCCUACGUCGUGGUGGGCGACGCCCAGCAAAGGAUGCAAGAGCCAGUAGCUAUGGGGUCGCUGUGCGUGUGCAGGGCAUUGCUGGGCAGCCCUUUGUGGUGCUCAACAGUGGGGAUAAAGGUGGUGACUCCUUUGGGGUCCAAAUCAAGGGGGCCAACCAUCAAGGGGCCCCAGGAGCUCUGAGCUCCGAUUCAGAACUCCCCGAGAACCCCUACUCUCAGGUCAAGGGAUUUCCUGCCCCCUCACAGGGCAGCACAUCUGAUGAGGAGCCUGGAGUUCACUGGAAUGGAAGACUGCUUCGUUCCCAGUCCCAGGCGUCACUGGCAGGCCCUGCCCCGAUGGGUCCUAGCAACAGGAGCACAAGCUUGCUGGAGCUGGCCCCGAAACAGCCUACCCCGGCUAGCACCAUUGACACUGCUCCCCUGUCUUCAGUGGACUCACUCAUCAACAAGUUUGACGGUCAACUUGGGGGCCAGACCCGGGGCCGGACUGGCCGCCGAUUGCGGACACUACCCCCUGAACAGCGCAAGCGGAGCAAGAGCCUGGAUAGUCGUCUCCCACGGGACACCCUUGAGGAACGGGAGCGCCAGUCCUCUGACCACUGGACCCCUGGCACAAAAUAUGACAACCACGUGGGUCGCUCAAAGCAGCCAGCCCCGAGCCAGAGCCCUCUCAGUGGCUUUAGCCGUCCCCGUCAGACUCAGGACUGGGUCCUGCAGAGUUUUGAGGAGCCGCGGGGGAGAGUGCAAGACCCCACCAUGCUGCAGUUCAAAUCAACUCCAGACCUUCUUCGAGAUCAGCAGGAGGCAGCGCCACCAGGAAGUGUGGACCAUGUGAAAGCCACUAUCUAUGGCAUCCUGAGGGAGGGAAGUUCAGAAAGUGAACCUUCUGUGAGGAGGAAGGUUAGUUUGGUGCUGGAGCAGAUACAGCCUCUGGUGGUGGCUUCUCCUGGUUCUGUCAAGUCCAUGGCAGGACAGAGUGAGCUUACCCGAAAAGUGGAGGAGCUGCAGCACAAGCUGGAUGAGGAGGUCAAGAAGCGACAGAAGCUAGAGCCAUCCCGGAUUGGGCUGGAGCGGCAGCUGGAGGAGAAGGCAGAAGAGUGCAGCAGGCUGCAGGAGCUGUUGGAGAGGUGGAAGGGGGAAGCCCAGCAGAGCACUAAGGAGCUCCAGAACAUGAAGCUCCUCCUGGACCAGGGUGAGAAUUUUCGACACAGGCUGGAGACCCAGGUGGUGGAGUUGCAGAACAAGCUGAAACAGGUCCAGGGGCCUGAGCCUGCUAAGGAGGCGCUGCUGAAGGACCUGUUAGAGACCCGGGAGCUUCUGGAAGAGGUCUUGGAGGGGAAACAGCGGGUAGAGGAGCAGCUGAGGCUGCGAGAGCGGGAGCUGACAGCCCUGAAGGGGGCCCUGAAGGAGGAGGUGGCCUCCCGAGAUCAGGAGGUGGAGCACGUCCGGCUGCAAUGCCAGCGUGACACAGAGCAGCUUCGCCGGAGCAUGCAAGACGCAACCCAGGACCAUGCAGCGCUGGAGGCCGAGAGACAGAAGAUGUCAGCCCUGGUGCGGGAGCUGCAGAGAGAGCUAGAGGAGACCUCUGAGGAGACAGGUCAUUGGCAGAGCAUGUUCCAGAAGAACAAGGAGGAACUUCGAGCCACCAAGCAGGAACUCCUGCAGCUGCGCAUGGAGAAGGAGGAAGUGGAAGAGGAGCUUGGGGAGAAGAUGGAGGUCUUGCAGAGGGAAUUAGAGCAGGCUCGAGUCAGUGCUGGAGAUCCUCGCCAGGUUGAGGAGCUCAAGAAGGAGCUGCGCCGGACACAGGAGGAGCUUAAGGAGCUACAGGCAGAGCGGCAGAGCCAGGAGGUGGCUGGGCGACACCGGGACCGGGAAUUGGAGAAGCAGCUGGCAGUCCUGAGGGUCGAGGCUGACCGAGGCCGGGAGCUGGAACAGCAGAACCUCCAGCUACAAAAGACCAUCCAGCAACUGAGACAGGACUGUGAAGAGGCUUCCAAGGCUAAGAUGGUGGCCGAGGCAGAGACAGCAGUGCUGGGGCAACGGCGGACCGCUGUGGAGACAACACUUCGGGAGACCCAGGAAGAAAACGACGAAUUCCGCCGGCGCAUCCUGGGUCUGGAGCAGCAGCUGAAGGAGGCUCGAGGCCUGGUGGAUGGUGGGGAAGCGGUGGAGGCGCGACUCCGGGACAAGGUGCAACGGCUGGAGGCAGAGAAACAGCUGCUAGAAGAGGCCCUGAAUGCAACCCAGGAAGAGGAGGGGAGCCUGGCAGCAGCCAAACGGGCACUGGAGGCACGGCUGGAGGAGGCCCAGCGGGGGCUGACCCGCCUGGGACAGGAGCAGCAGGCACUGAACCGGGCCCUGGAGGAGGAGGGGAAGCAGCGGGAGGUACUCCGGCGCGGCAAGGCUGAGCUGGAAGAGCAGAAGCGUUUGCUGGACAGGACUGUGGACCGACUGAACAAGGAGCUGGAACAGAUUGGAGAGGAUUCUAAGCAAGCCCUACAGCAGCUCCAGGCCCAGCUGGAGGACUACAAGGAAAAGGCCCGGCGGGAGGUGGCUGAUGCCCAGCGCCAGGCCAAGGAUUGGGCCAGUGAGGCUGAGAAGACCUCUGGGGGGCUGAACCGGCUUCAGGAUGAGAUUCAGAGACUGCGGCAGGCCCUGCAGGCAGCCCAGGCUGAGCGAGACUCAAUCCGAUUGGACAAAGAAUUGCUGGCCCAGCGAAUGCAGGGACUGGAGCAAGAGGCAGAGAACAAGAAGCGCUCCCAGGAUGACAGGGCCCGGCAACUUAAGGGCCUUGAGGAAAAAGUCUCACGGCUGGAAGCAGAGUUGGAUGAAGAGAAGAACACUGUGGAACUGCUAACAGACAGGGUGAAUCGUGGCCGGGACCAGGUAGAUCAGCUGAGAACUGAGCUCAUGCAGGAAAGGUCUGCUCGGCAGGACCUGGAGUGUGACAAAAUCUCCUUGGAGAGACAGAACAAGGACCUGAAGACCCGCUUGGCCAACUCAGAAGGCUUCCAGAAGCCCAAUGCCAGCCUCUCUCAGCUUGAGUCCCAGAAUCAAUUGUUGCAGGAGCGGCUACAGACUGAAGAAAGGGAGAAGUCAGUUCUGCAGUCCACCACCCGCAAACUGGAGCGGAGAGUAAAAGAGCUGUCCAUCCAGAUUGACGAUGAACGACAGCAUGUUAAUGACCAGAAAGACCAGCUGAGCCUGAGGGUGAAGGCUUUGAAGCGGCAGGUGGAUGAAGCGGAAGAGGAAAUCGAGCGACUGGAUGGCCUGAGGAAGAAGGCCCAGCGUGAGCUGGAGGAGCAGCAUGAGGUCAACGAACAGCUCCAGGCCCGGAUCAAAUCCCUGGAGAAGGACUCCUGGCGCAAAGCUUCCCGCUCAGCUGCUGAGUCAACCCUCAAACAUGAAGGGCUGAGUUCAGAUGAGGAAUUCGACAGUGUCUAUGAUCCCUCAUCCAUUGCAUCACUGCUUACGGAGAGCAACCUACAGACCAGCUCCUGUUAGCUUGUGGUCCUCAAGGGCCCAGAAAGCAGGCUCGAGGCCUAUCCCAGCCAGCCCUGUUCUGCUCUGUCCUGCCCACCUCGGGUUCCUUGUUCCUGUGGUUGACCCAGUUAUUCAGCCCUGAGACAGGGAGAGGUCUGAGUGAUGGUGAUAAAAAAA